UGAGAACGUUCUUAUAAAUCUCAGCACUCCCAAACAGGACACAGCACUUGCCAGAAAACUUUCAGAGCAAGAACAAACUUCAGCCAUGGCCGAGAGACGCAUCCCCUUCACCUUUAUGCACGGCCCAUCCUGGGACCCAUCCCGCGACUGGUCCCAGGGCAGCCGGCUCUUCGAUCAGACCUUUGGGAUGCCACGCUUCUCCGAAGAGAUGCCCACAUUUCCCAGCACAUACUGGCCCGGAUACAUCCGGCCCUUCGGAUUUCCAGAAAUGGCCUCUUUAAUGCAGAGCCCAGUGGCUCAGAUGCCCAUGUCGCCCUCCGCCUCCGUGAUGCACCCCCUGAACUACAGCCGGGCCCUGUCCCGACAGAUGAGCUCGGGAAUGUCUGAGAUAAAGCAGACGCCAGACUCCUGGAAGAUCAGCCUGGAUGUCAAUCACUUCGCCCCAGAGGAGCUGACGGUGAAGACCAAAGAUGGGGUGGUGGAGAUCACCGGCAAACAUGAGGAGCGGAAGGAUGAACAUGGCUUUGUGUCCAGAUGUUUCACCAGGAAAUACACUCUGCCCUCUGGUGUCGACUCUGAGAAGAUCACCUCCUCUCUGUCUCCUGAGGGUGUGCUGACCAUUGAAGCUCAUCUGCCCAAACCUGCCAUCCAGGGCUCUGAAAUCAACAUCCCUGUCAACACAGGCAGCGCAGUGACUGCCAGCAGUACAAAGAAACCCUAAACACUACAACACACACACAGGCAGUUCACUGUGGUACUUUGAGUUUGUUUUCUUCAGCAUGAACGCAAAUGUUCCACAUUAAUGUCUUGAUACUUCUAUUCUUUGUAAACUGCAGGUAGGAGAGGAGGAAAUGCCCUAUUGCAUUCCCAUCUCAUUUUUACAUCACUCUUUUUCAUCAUUGUCUCUUCUCUUAUCAUCCUCUUCUCUUCUACUUGUAGUAAACAACAAUGACUGUGUACACACCAAUCUCUAGAAAACAUGCUCAUAUUUCACCCCUAAAUCAAAAAUAAAAAUAAAAAUUAUAUUUUGCAUAAAGACAAUUA